AUGUUAGAGAACCAUUUUGAACCUGUCUAUGAGCGUUUUCAAAAGCAACACCCACCAAACUUUGAAGGGAGCACUGACCCACUUGAAGCUGAAGAGUGGUUGAGGUCGAUAGAAUCUAUUCUUGACCACAUGAGGUUGGGCAAUGAAGAUAGGGUGUCGUGUGCCUCGCACCUUCUGAAGAAAGAUGCUCGACUAUGUGCAACAAUAUUGGUUGCACGAGUAGAUGAAUUUGUAGCAUUAACUCAAGGAAACUCCACUGUGACUGAGUACGCACAAAAAUUUGAUAGACUGGAAAAAUUCGCAGAAGAUUUAGUGCCCACUGAAGUGAUAAGAAUUCAUAGGUUUGUCAGAGGAUUAAAACCUAUGAUUUCCCGUAAUGUAAAGAUGACGUGUGUUGGGGUAACUACAUAUGCUGAAACUCUUGAAAGAGCUUUGGAGGCAGAGCUUUUGGAGGACCGUAUUUGGAAGGAGAGAGACGCAAGAAGAGAUCCUAAUAAAGGAAAUAAUGGCCAAGGUGAUAACAAGCGAAAAUUCCAGAAUGUCCAAGGAAGUUUGGCGGAUAAGAAAGCCAAAGGAGAGCCCAACAAAAAUAAUAAUUCCCAAGGUCACUACAGAGAGAUACCUAAUUGCCCUAAAUGCAACCGCAAACAUGGGGGAGAAUGUAAAGCACAUCUGAAAGUUUGUUACAAGUGCAGACAAGAGGGUCAUAUGAAGAAGGAGUGCCCACAGCACAAGAAAGAUCAAAAGGAAGGACAAAAGAAAGGGGUUAAAUUAGUGCCAGCUCGGGUGUUUGCUUUAACUCAUGAAGAAGCAAAGGCCAGCAAUACGGUGGUGAUUGGUCAGAUCUUUAUUAUCGAUAAACUUUGUAAAGUCCUUUUUGAUUCUGGAGCAACACAUUCAUUUGUUUCUUUAGAAAUGAUUGAGAGACUAGGUAGGUUUAGUGAGAAUCUUAGAAUGAAGUUUGCCAUGACCUUACCAUCUGGGGAAGAAAUGAUAUCUUCUAGAUGGUUGCAAGUCAUCCUGAUUAUGAUCGAGAAUAGAGAGUUACUUGGGGACUUAAUCGAAUUAAAGAUAAAGGAUUAUGACAUUAUACUGGGCAUGGAUUGGCUUGCGAAACAUGGAGCUACAAUAGAUUAUCGGUGA